GUUUUUAAGAAAAUAGUUCAAAGUAGAUUCGGUUGGAUGGUCCAAUGAUUAGUUGUUUUCAUUUGAUUUUAAAAGUAAAAGGGUAAACUUUCGGUGAUUUUCAAACAUGUCGGCGAAGUAUUUUCAAUAUUUUUGGGAGAUUUCUGGUGAAUUUUUCCAAAGCUGCUGGAAUGUGGUUUACGACGCGUUUGAUACUAAUGAAUUUGCUUUGAUUGUAUGGGGUUCGUUCCUAGUCACUUUUUUCGUUUACUGGAUUGCUGGAUUGUGCUAUACACUGAUGGAUUAUACUGGAAAACCGGCUUUUGCGAUGAAAUAUAAGAUUCAAGACAAUGCGUCCUAUCCUGUGCCAUUCCAAAAAUUAUGGAAAGUUAUUAAACAAGUACUCAUUAAUCAAUUUUGGGUCGGCAUUCCUUUCUAUGUCUUUGGGUAUCACAUGAUGGUUUGGAGGGGCUACGAUUCAGGAAAGACUAUUCCAACGUUUCGAAGAAUCGUUUUGGAAAUAGCAUUCUGUGUUAUUAUGGAAGAAAUUGGAUUCUAUUAUUUUCAUAGACUUCUUCACCUCCCACGCAUCUACAAGCACAUUCAUAAGAUCCACCAUGAAUGGACGUCUCCUAUCGCCAUCACUGCCAUCUACUGUCAUCCUGUGGAGCACCUUCUGUCCAAUCUGACGCCGGCACUCCUCGGACCCCUCCUGCUCGGAAGUCACAUGUUCACGAGUUGGAUCUGGUUUUCCCUCGCGCUGCUAUCCACUCUGGUUUCACACUGCGGCUUCCACUUCCCCUUUUUUCCCUCGCCCGAAGCUCAUGAUUUCCAUCAUCUAAAGUUCAAUGAAAAUUUUGGUGUUUUAGGAAUCCUAGACCAACUACAUGGCACAAAUAAAGUCUUCCGCAACAGCAAAGUGUAUCAGCGUCAUUUUAUGUCUCUUAGCCUAGUGCCUCUAAAAAAAUUGUAUCCAGAUAGCUGAGGUGCGAAA